AUGCCCCCAGGUCCGCAACCCAUCCGCGUUCUCAACCAAUACGAUCAGAUGUCAAGAGACGCUGUCUCAGACGGAAAGUCCAGAGCGCGGAAUGUUCACGACGACACGCAAAAUGUAGGCAUGUCUCAAUCAGCCAAGACCAAAGGAAAGCAGCGGGAUCCCCCGCCAUCCCUCUUUCUCCAUCCCUCGCCAUCCGCCUCUCAUGCAUCGCUGCCGGGCAUCCUCGCGCCAGGAGCGCCGGCAACUUCAUCUACAGGAGUGACAGCGUUGCCACCGCCGCCAGCCAUGAACCUGCAACGGAACGGAUCACUUCAUACCGGCUCGGUGGUCACGCCGUCCGUUGCCCGCCCCGCCGGCCGCAACCUCAAGACGGCCGACAGUGCCCGCAGCACCGACAGGACCGACGCAUUAUGGGCCGAGAUGCAGGCGACGCUCGAAGAGGUUGAGCUCUCGGCGGCUGGCGGAACUCACGUCUUUGGACCGGAUCACGACCGCAAGCUGGAAGAGCUGCGUACGGCCCAGAUUGCGCUCGCUCAGGCCUGGGCUCGCAGCGAAGCCGAUGAGGCCAUCGAGACCGGCCAGCGCUCCAACACAUCCGCCGCUGGCGAGGAAGUCCGCAACCUGAAGAGUGCGGUAUUGGGAGAGACGGGCAUCGCGUCAGAUGGCGGUGACGGCCCGCGGAGCACGGGGUCCGGCAGCGCGCGACCAGGCAGCAGCGGAGGAACGGAGUGUCUCGGUGCUAAGCUCGAGCAGGAGACGGAAGUGGACAUCCUGCUCGCGCGCAAGAGGCGGGAGGCCAACGACCGGUACUUCCAGCGAGUCAACCAGGGUGUGUUGGACGUCGUGGCCAAGCUUGAGGAUGUCGCUGUUGCAAUGCAGGCUGUCGAGCAGGAGACCAAGGACAUUUGGGGCGAGAGCGAGAGCGUGACUGGAAGUGCAAAGGGAUAG